UCCACAUCCCAUUUCCAGAAAUAGCAUGCUCAAAUUAAUUAGUUUUUGUCACUACAUCAUGUGCCAGCACCAAUCAUUUCACUUGAACUUCUGAUUUUCAAUUGCUUCUCUUCAAAAUGUUUGAACAUCACAAGAGAGUGGCCCCUUGCAGUAAAAGUCUCUGUCACACCACUCCUCACAUCAACUCAUUCAUCUAUAUUAGCCUCUUUGGAGUUGCUAUUCUACAUUAACACAACACACACACACACACAUUCAUUGAACAUCUUAGAUUUAGCAGAGAUAUGAUGCAGUUUGAAGAGGAGAAAACAUUGAACUCUGCAGUCGAAAAUCUUGAAGCGAAGGGCAAGGGCAAGAACAAGAGGAAGAGGGCGAAAGCCAGCAAGACUAGUGAAGAGGUCGAGAGGCAGAGGAUGACUCAUAUCGCGGUGGAGAGGAACCGGAGAAAGCAAAUGAACGAGCAUCUUCAAAUGCUGAGGUCUCUCAUGCCGGCCUACUAUGUCCACAGGGGAGAUCAGGCUUCUAUAGUUGGUGGAGCAAUUGAAUUUGUGAGAGAGCUGCAACAACUCCUCCAAUGCCUUGAAUCAGUUCAUCAUCAUCAUCAUGAACAACAACCACCACCGUUGAUCCUGCCUCCAACACUUGAUCAUCAUGAUCAGACGGCUGAGAGCAAGUCUUGGUUGGCAGAGGUUGAAGUGAGGCUCUCGGGGCUGUUUGGGAUGAUCAAGAUUCUGUCGGGAAGGCGGCGCGGACAGAUCACCAAGAAUAUCUCUGCUGUUGAGUGUUUGCAUCUUCAGAUUCUGCAAACUCACAUUACUACCAUUGAACAACUUGUUGUCUGCUCUUUCAGUGUCAAGAUGAGUAGAGAAGCAAUGCUGACAGCUGAAGAUGUGGCAAACUCAAUUCAGCAUAUACUGAAUUGUUUUCAUUCCAACAGCAGCAGCAUGCCAUGAAAAAAAAAUCAAGUCUUCUAAAUAUUGGUUUAUUUUCAUUCUAUUCAAGAUUCCACAUUAUUACGAUGACCAUAUCAUGUGUGUGUGACAGUUGGAGACAAAAUAUGAUUAAGUGGUGUCAAUUUCCAACAGAAUUUGACAAAGUCAAAGCAUCCACAAGAGUUGACUUGUCAGAAAUUAGAAAGAAAAGAGAGAGGUUUGAGAAGGUACCAUGCCAUGGAUGGUGGGGUUGUACCUUCUCUUGCUUUUGUCAUACUCUGUAAGUACUUGCUUUGGUACCAUUACCAUGUUUCAAUAAUGGCACAUGGUUUUGGUAGCAAGUGAUUAAUUAUUAGUAAUAUUGUU